AUGCGUCAUCUUCUAUCAAUUCUAUUUAUAAUAUUAUUAAUUGAACUAACUCACAGUCAAGUAACAUUUGACUCUAUAUGUUCACCGGAUGUUGAAGUCACUGGAAUGUCAUCAACGGAUGGUAAUGCUGAAUAUACAAUAGAUAUUUCUGACCCAAGAUUUUCACCUGACGAUGAAAUUUCUGUGUAUUUAAGACAAGUUCGUCCAAAUUAUGGAAUUAAUGAAUUUGUUAUAGGUGCAUUUGAUCAUGAGGGAAAUGUUGUUGGUCGAUUUGAUGAUCCACAAAUAGGAAAUUUAGUUUUAAAACAUCAUACAUGUCCAAAUGGUGCUACUGCUGUUUAUGCUGAUCAAGUCGAUAGUCGUGGUUAUCGUGAAAUUCCAUUAAAAUGGAUAGCGACUGGUGUUCAUCAAAAUCUUGAUGAAAUUAUUUUUAGAGCGGCUAUUGUUUCCAAUCGACAAUUAUAUCGAGUGAAAGCAGCUCCUUUAAAACGACGUUUACCACCUGGAACAAUUCCUUAUUCACAAGAUCAAUCAAUUAAUCUUGAUUAUUGUGGUGAAUCUCAAGGUUGUUUAAUUGUUCCACAACAAUGUAAUAAGGCUGGCAAAUGUGACUAUGCACUUUCAUGGCAAGGUCUUGAUGAUGAAAGAGCUAAAUUUCAUAUUGUUGCAAGAGCACAAGGUUUUGCUGGUGUUGGAUUUUCAAACGAUGAAAGACGGGGUGAUGAUCAAGUUAUUUUAUGUGCAAAAGAUGCUCAAGGUCAUGUCAACGUAUAUAAUAUGUUUGUUAGUGUUCAAAAUCCACAAUAUGUCUUUCGCGGACGACCAUCGUAUGGUUUACAAGAUGCAGAAGGCUAUUCUAAUGGGUCGCAUAUUUUUUGCAAAUUUGAAAAAGGUUUAUCACCACAUACAGAUGACUUAGUCGAAGAUGAUGGACGAAAUCGUGGUAGAAUUGAUCAAGAUAAAUUAGUUGAUUUACGAAAAGAACAUUAUAUGUAUCCAAUUUUUUCUGAUGGAGAUUUAUCAACACCACAAAGAAUGCGUAUUCCUAUUCAAGAUAUUUCAAUUGUUAAUAAUCAUCCAAUUAAUUUUCAACGUCGUCUUUUACAAAAAUCACAUCCACAAGCUGGAUCUGUUCUAGCUAAAAUUCAUGCUAUUUUAAAUAUAAUUGCUUGGGUUCUUCUUGCAUCAGCCGGUGUUAUGGUUGCUCGUUAUUUUGAUUCAAUUUGGCCAGAAUAUGAACGACGAGUUGUUACAGAUGGUACGGGAACUGUAACAGGAGAACAAAUUCGACGACGUAGACGAUUUUCAUAUUUUACAAUUGUUCCUCCAAUUAUGAUUACUGUAGCUAUAUUAACAUGGAUUGCAUUUUUUUGUAUUCUUUUUGAACUCAAUUGGAGAUGGACACAAGGAACACAUCAUCUAUGGCAUUCAAUUCUUGGUGUUAUUGUACUUGUUUGUGCUUUUCUUGCUCCAAUUGUUGGUGUUUUGCGACCAAUACCUCGUACAAAAGCUUAUUGUGUUUGGUACUGGAUUCAUUGGUUGAUUAUAUCAUUAGCUCAUUGUCUUGCUAUUCCGGUUAUAUUUUUGGGUAUGGAUAAUCAUCGUUUAGAUUUAUGGACAUGGUGUUCAUGGUUAUUAUUUGGUUGGUGUAUAUUUCAUUUUAUUAUUCAACUUAUUUUUGAAAUUCAUGCUUGCUGUUAUGCAAGACAAGAAUAUGAACCUGUUGAAGGAGAUCAUUAUCCACAAAAGAUAUCAGGUCAACGUGUAAGACAUGAGCGUGUACCUGGUGAAUCAUGGAAACCAGCAUUAUUAUCUAUUUAUUUACUUGUCACAUUAAUUGUGGUUAUUAUUCUUAUACUUGCUGUUAUCUUUUAUCAAGGUUAUUAG